AUGUCUGGUGUACCGAAUGCAUCCGAGGCAGGAAGUAGGAAAAGCCCUUACCAACCGGAACAGAAUGCAGAGCCUCACCAACGAGCCCCAGGGACCCGUCCUGGUGUACCGUUCAUUGCCAGUCAUCAAGCAUCCAUCCCGGAAAACAUGCCACUCAAAGCCCCAGAGAUCCGCUCUGGUGUACCGCCGACAUCCGAAAUCAGAGUGCGUGUCAAGGACUUUUCAGCCCCAGACCCCAUGUCUGGUGUAACGAAUGCAUCCGAGGCAGGAAGUAGGAAAAGCCCUUACCAACCGGAACAGAAUGCAGCGCCUCACCAACGAGCCCCAGGGACCAGUCCUGGUGUACCGUUUAUUGCCAGUCAUCAAGCAUCCAACCCGGAGAACAUGCCCCUCAAAGCCCCAGAGAUCCGCUCUGGUGUACCGCCAACAUCCGAAAUCAAAGCGCGUGUCAAGGACUUUUCAGCCCCAGACCCCAUGUCUGGUGUACAGAAUACAUCCGAGGCAGGAAGUAGGAAAAGCCCUUACCAACCGGAAGAGAAUGCAGAGCCUCACCAACGAGCCCCAGGGACCAGUCCUGGUGUACCGUUUAUUGCCAGUCAUCAAGCAUCCGUCCCGGAGAACAUGCCACUCAAAGCCCCAGAGAUCCGCUCUGGUGUACAGCCGACAUCCGAAAUCAGAGUGCGUGUCAAGGACUUUUCAGCCCCAGACCCCAUGUCUGGUGUACCGAAUGCAUCCGGGGCAGGAAGUAAGAAAAGCCCCUACCAACCGGAACAGAAUGCAGAGCCUCACCAACGAGCCCCAGGGACCAGUCCUGGUGUACCGUUUGUUGCCAGUCAUCAAGCAUCCAUCCCGGAGAACAUGCCACUCAAAGCCCCAGAGAUCCGCUCUGGUGUACCGCCAACAUCCGAAAUCAGAGUGCGUGUCAAGGACUUUUCAGCCCCAGACCCCAUGUCUGGUGUACCGAAUGCAUCCGAGGCAGGAAGCAGGAAAAGCCCUUACCAACCGGAACAGAAUGCAGAGCCUCACCAACGAGCCCCAGGGACCAGUCCUGGUGUACCGUUUAUUGCCAGUCAUCAAGCAUCCAUCCCGGAGAACAUGCCCCUCAAAGCCCCAGAGAUCCGCUCUGGUGUACCGCCGACAUCCGAAAUCCAAGGUUGUGCAGAUAUGCCUGUCGAAGAUCAGGUCCCUGCUGAGCACAUCAGAUCAGGAGUUGAUGAAGAACCGGAAACUCCUUGCCUCUCUGACAUUGCAUUGCCGUGCCAGCACAAGCCCACAACAUGUGGAGGGGACACACUACACGCAAUUGAUGCACAUGACGAGCCUCAUGUAGGUAUCAUCAAAGAUGAAGUACACAUUUCACAAAGUGAGCAUGUAGGCAAUGAUCUUCAGAAAUUUGUAACCCAAAACAAUGAUGAUGAAGAAUGGGAUAAGGCACUGCACCACCUUUUCCAACAAACCCUGGAAGCAGAACACAAGCUGCCCGGAAUGACGGCCACUCCGGGAAAACAUAAUGCCGUCCAAGCUGAAAAGUUUUCCGACAGAAAUCAGGUCAAAGCCAAGGACCCUGAGAUUGCAAGUCUAGGCACUGCAGGAACACCGCCGUCAGCUUCCCAAUUGCACCCCGGAAUGACGGCAACUCCGGGAAACAAUAAUGCCGUCCACCAAGCGCCAUCCAAGCUGCCCACAGGUGCCUUGAGCUUAGCUGAUUACCAACCAGGCAGGGACAUCGUCCAACACCAGCAAAGCCUUCCCGGAAUCACGGCCACUCCGGGGUACCAUAAUGCCGUGGAUGUGCACACCGCAGAACCCAAAUCAGACAUGCCACAGACCAGUUUGGUGCUGCAAGCUCCUGCGACAGGAGGGGUUUUUGGUUUUGAAGCCAACAAGAAACGAAAAACACAGCUUAACCCCUCGAUGCAUGCCGAAGCUCCACCCAAUGAUAGCCAUGCUGAAUGCAGCCGAGGUGUUCCAAAGAGAUCUCGUACUGAAAGCCAUGAACCACGGGAUGCAGAAGUGGCGCAUGUUCAAGUCGAUCGAGGUGCCCAGCAUGAUGAAGCGCCAUCGACCAUCAGAGCAUGGACUUGCGUUGCCAAUGGUCAAUCGCCUCUAGUGAUACGUCUCCCAGUAGGUACCACUCCGGGCCAAUUGACACAAGCUGAAGCCAAUCUUGGCACCAUGGAACAACCGAUUGCACCAAGGUCGUGGGUUAAUUCUCACCUACCACUGCAUGAUCCACUUGAAGACAGGCAAGCGGUGUUCUUGUAUGAUGCAAUGCCGCUUGAAAGCAAGUGCCCCUUGGUCACCCAAUUUUGCCAGCAACCACACAUCGACUUCCCAUGCACACGACUUGAAGCACUGUGGAAACAGAAAUCAUGGGUUGCUCAAGAUGAAAUGAUGUUCUAUCUCGCCGCAACGAAGCAGGGAAUUGAGAUCAACACUUUCCCAACAAACGCUUUCCUCAAUGACACGGCGGUGAGAUGUGAAGCUGCUACCUGGUUGCAACAAGCCAUCGAAUGGGUCACACCUGACAGACCAUGGAUCUCAGCUGCCAUCGUUGCCAAGCAUUGGAUCCCAAUCAUUAUCCACAGGCAAAGUACCACAAUCUUCAUCACGACCACUCCAGAAGGUGAUGCCUUCAUUGAAGCAGCCCAACAAGUCACGGCUCAAGUUGGGCUCACUCUGAAAGGGAUCCAAAAGAUGAUGCCACAAUCAUUCCACGGAGAUUGUGGAUUCCAGGCAUUUUCAUGGAUCAUGGCACUGUUGAAUCGAGAGCCAACUGACCCCAUGACGCCAAGAAGAGCUGAACAAUGGAGAAUCCUCUUUGCAGAAUACCUCCUUGCCACUUGCAAGCACCACCAAAUCAUUGACGACCUGGACAUUGCAGGCACGAAGAUCGACCCAACUCUGCACAGCCAGUUGGCUGAGCUCUUGAGCAAUCAUGGGGUAUGGGAGGAACGAGUCAAAGACCGGUCCACAAAGCUGAUCGAAGCCAUCCCAACCAAUGUCCUGAGGAAUGUCCUUGGAGCCAAAAAACCAUGGGCCGAACUGAAGAAUGCAGCGAACAAUGCUCAACCACCGAUUAAGUUGAUUCAGCCAGAUGAACUUAAUGCGCAGAUCACAAGCCGUGCAAAUCAAAAGAAAAACUAUGGCCAAAAGAGCUUCGCAAAAGGGACCAAAAAGCAGAUUUCCGCCCAAGACAUGCCCGCACUGCGUGCAGCUGACCUCCAGGUGCCACAAGGUGUUUUCAAGCAGCAAGAUGGUGUAGCAUUAGGCCCUCUGAGCACUCAUGAUGUCGGAAACAACAGCCAAGGAGUCAUCCUGGUUGACCAAUGGGACGCGGAAGCACUGCUGAGACUGCAAACCCCAGUCUCGCCACAUGGCUUAGCUCUGAUUGUACUUGCAACCAAAGACAACAGCCAAGCCCAUCAGUUUGAGCCAAUCCGUUUCCCGGCCUUAUGCCUUGCGACUCAGGAGCCUUUGAUUGCUUCGGGCUACCUUUACCAACUUGGGGCACAGCAAGCACAAAGAUUGGAGCCGUCAGUCAAGUUGGCAGUUGAGGAACAUGAAACGGAAACAAUCAGAUGCUUAGUUUUUAGGGACCAAGCACCCAAACUUUGGGAUGACAUCCAAAAGCAGCCGGUCAAAGUCAUUUUCAGCCAGGAGCCGAUUUUGGCCCAAUCCAGGAACGAUCAGUCUGUGGUUAUCGAUGUCUGGGACAGGCAGUGGCUCUCCAAACGCUUUGAGAAACUCAAGCCAUUUGCAGCUGAUAUUUUUGCCUUCUCAUUUCGAAUGAUGGCAAAGCAUGCCGAGAACCUAGUGGCCAAGUCGGGCCAGAAUGGAAUCUACUAUGAGCCCAGGACCCAAUGUGGACGUUUUCCAAGCCCAGAUUUCCAUGUCACUUGGUUACCCAAUAUGACGUAUCAAGAUGCACAGUUUGCCCAACAAACUUCACCCCAUGCCACAACCCUCACAAGACAUGGUGACAGGUUUGGGCUGCGAAGUGAAACCAUCCAUGCACAGGCAAUCCAUGAGAAGCACCGACCGGACACCCCACUGUUGAUGGGACAGAAAAAGGUUUUGUACACAGUUGGACCCAUGCCUUUCUCAGCCACCAAAGAAUCCAUCACCAAGCUCCUGAAGACAUGGAAUUGGGAUGCAAGGCCACUCCAGCCACGUGGAAGGACGCCUGACAGCUCAGGUAUUUCAUGGUGCAUCCAGGCAGUUGCGGAUCCAUCCCAUUGGAUUUACACGUUGCAACAUGGUGACGUACUCAUUGCAAGAAUGCAUGAGAAAGAACCCGUCAAGAAAGCAGCACAGGUCAAUAUCGUUGCUUCCAGGAAGACGAUCGAGCACUUCCAGCAGACGGAGGACCCAUGGCUGAGCCAUGACCCAUGGCAAGGACCCACCAAGACACCGAAGCAGCAGGUAGCCAGCCAAAGCAGCCAGCCUCCGACAACAGCGCAGCUUGCAAGCAUCGAAGCAAACAUAGAAAAACGCAUCCUUGCCGCCGUCCAGAGCAAAGCAACACAGCCUGACGCAGACGUCAACAUGGAUACAGACCAGCUUGAAAGCCGAGUCACACAGCUUGAAAAGCAGAUUCAACAAGUUCAUGCCAACCAGGUGGGCUUGGACACCAAAGUGAAUCAGAUGCAAUGCCAGCUUGAACAGCAAAGCAAGCAGUUCAAUGCUUCCCUGGACCAGAAACUUGCAUCGCAAAUGGACAAGAUCGAGGCCCUCUUUUCAAAAAGGGGCAGACACGAGUUUGCCUCAGCAGCUUCAGAACCUUGCGCGCCUGACCAUAAGGCCAACCUUUGGAGAUCAAUCUUGCAAGCCACGGGCUUCACUCCAGGCUUUGGAGUGUGGUGGUCAAAACUUUAUAAGAAUUUUGCCAACAGCCCGGCACACCUCCCCACCUUUCCACCUAAUGGGGAUGUUGCCAAUGCAAUCUUCUUGGAAUUUGUCCAUCAUUAUAGAGAACUUGAAUAUAGCAUCCAGCAGUCCCGAAUGCAUCAAGCAGUGGAGCGCAGAGCAAAGGAUCCCCUGCUGAUUUAUAGGGAUCUCCAGCGUGAACGAGCAGAGCCAGUCCAAACCAUCGUUGUCCAGCAGAACAUCCCAAUCCUUCAUGAAGAACCACGGGACCAGCAGCAGCUGGAAAUGGAGCUGGCCCAUCCAAUGCCUGAAGGUGCCGAGAUUGCAGGCUGUGUUGUGGACAUCGUGAAGUGUUUCAACGUGCUACCCAGAGACUGCCUCCUGAAUCACGGGUGGCUACCAAAAGCUCCUGGAUUAGCUGACCUGCGAACACAGCUCUUGCAAGAUUUUUGGCGAUUGUGGAACGAAGUCUAUGAGCACCAGCAACAAUACCAAAAGUUAGGUCAUGCCUGGUUAGUUGCCUGCGUUUUACCGGGGAAAGAGCAACUGACUCCGACCCUCUGA